AUGUACCGUAAUCAAUACGACACAGAUUCCAUUACUUGGUCCCCUCAAGGGCGACUUUUUCAAGUAGAGUAUGCAAUGGAAGCUGUUAAACAGGGUACAUGUUGUGUUGGUGCCAAAUCUGAUACUCAUGUGAUUCUAUGUGCAUUUCGCCGUAGAGUUACAAAAUUGGCUGCAUAUCAUGAAAAAAUGUUUAAAAUUGACAAUCACAUUGGAACUGUUAUGUCUGGAAUAACAGCGGACGCGAAAGCUAUGAUGGAUUUAAUGAGGACAGAAUGUCUAAGUUACAAAUACACCUUCUCCAAAUCCAUUACCACAUCUAAGCUAGUUGAUAUUAUUUCGGAAAGAUCCCAAAAUAAUACUCAAAUUUCAUCUAAAAGGCCUUUUGGUGUCGGCUUAUUAAUUGCCGGAUUUGAUAAAGAUGGAGAGGGAGGAUCUAAAUUAUUCGAAACCUGCCCAUCAGGAGAUGUGUACGAAUAUCACGGCACUGCAUUUGGAUCUAGAUGUCAAGCAGCGAAGACAUAUAUGGAGAAGAAUUAUUCGAAAUUUAAAAAUGCAUCUAUUGAUGAAUUGAUUACACAUGCAUUGGUAGCUUUGAAAUCUUCCAUACCAUCUGAUUGCAAGAUGGAAUGUGAUAAUAUUAGUGUGGGUAUUGUAGGAAUUGAUACAGAAUGGAAAGUACUGAAUCAAGACGAGAUUGCCCCCUUUAUCCUGAAGCUUGAAACUAUCACUUAA